ACGGACGAUUUAGCGACCUUCCUAAUACGUACUCGCUACUUUUGAUAAGAUUUCUUGCGCACCCUGGAUGCAAAGAUUGAAAGUAUCUUCAAAGAGACAUUGACUUUUGAUUUAGUCGCUUAGAAAUGUUCAAUAUGAUACCUUUUUUCUACCGACUUCAAUCACAACAAGAAGGUUGGAAGCCUGGACGAUGCACGAACUAUCAACCCCGUCGUAUCAUUGCAAGCUAAAACUGUACCCACGUAUCGUUUCAGGCUUGGUGUGCGAAUAUGCUACAUUUGGACGAUACACCGAUAGGAGAGCACUGGCCAGCAACAUCGGUGAUCACCAAAAACCAGUAUCUUUGUAUAUGCCCUUGGGCCCGCACUGAACUCGUGGGAGGGCAAAGUCAUCUUUACACAACUCUACCUUUUCGACAAAAUGGCACUGACCUAUCCCGACGUUAUGACCCUCGUUUGGGUCCUUUGGGCCACUUCAUUCUUAUUAACUGCCCUGCGAGGGUUUUUGCGAUGGCACUCACAACGUCACAUCUACGCCGAUGAUUACUUUGUCUUUUUCGGGCUGCUCACAUUGACGGGACUGUCCGUUGUCAUCACGAAGGUCCUUCCGCAGUUCUUCCUCGCUGGAGGGUACGCAAAGGCAGCAAUGCUAGAUCCCACAACACCACUACCAUUACCGGCAGCAGAGUUCAGCCAGAGGACACAAACCGCAUUGAAGUUGAUGUUUAGCCAAAUGCUGCUCUUUUGGACUACAUUAUGGGCUGCUAAGUUCUCGAUCUUGUUCUUCUUCCGCCGCUUGGUGAAUGGCCUGCCAAAGUACAUCAAGGCAUGGUGGGCGUGUUUUAUAGUGGUUUCACUCCUAUAUUUGGCUUGCAUACUUUCAAACUUCCUGACUUGCCAGCCAUUAACAAAGUACUGGAGUGCGACUGGAUGUAGCGAUCCGGAAGAUCUCGUGCGCGCAGAUGCCUCCAUCAAAUUCGCCACUGCCGCCGACGUCGUAGCGGACGUACUUAUUAUGGUCCUUCCACUCCACCUCCUCCGCAAAUUACAAGUUUCCGCUCGACAGAAGUUUGGUCUCGCCGUGAUUUUCUCCCUAGGGACUAUCAUUGUAGCCUUUGCCUUCGCACGUCUCGCGCAGGUGACCAAAGCAACAUCGGCCGCAGCAAGAGAUCCGACAACUAUUGCCGAGGGCCCUGUACUCCUGAGUACAUGGAGUCAUAUCGAGUCUUCAGUCUCCGUUAUCGUUGCUACGCUUCCAGCCUUUCGGUACCUUAUCAACGAAAAUGUCGGUCGUACAAUAGGUCCUUCUGGUGUUGCGGGAUAUGGAAACAGCCGUGACAAAGACACGUCUACCAGGAGUAGGGCGAAACGGGUUCUGAGCACGCGUCACAAGUCAUCGAUGAGGCUUCAUAGUUCGGAGAGAUCAGGGACUAGAAGUGAAGAGUGGGGUAGUGAAACAGAAUUGAAAUCUAUGGAUGGUAUUGGGAAGAAUGUCGACUAUGGAGUAGCGCAUGCACCUCACGCGUUGUAG